AUGCCACAACGUUCGGAGGACGUCCUGGUGACAGGAGCUGCUCACCUACUCGCGGGGAAAUAUUUCCAACUAGCAGCAUUUGUAAUGCUCGCCUACGAUCACUUUCUAACUUUUCCACAGGAGGUCGAACGGAUAUGGGCCAUGAGAUUCUCCGGGGCAACGCUUCUCUUUCUUCUCAACCGCUACGUCACACCGUUGCAAUUUAUCAUCAUAAUACACGCCUUUCAGGACCCGAUAUGGUCGAAGAAAGUAUGUGACAACUUUGUGGUGUUUGAAGGCGCCUCCACUGUAGCUAUGGUUGCUGUUUGCGAACUGAUCAUGAUAUUGCGGGUGUAUGCCCUAUACAAUCGCUCCAACGUCGUCUUAACUUUCCUCCUUCUCCUUUGGAUCGCACAAAUAUCAGUAUCUGCUGUGGGACUUCGCACAGGAUUUGCUGUGGCCUUGCCUCCUGAACUGACCGGGUGCAUUCUUACGGGUUCUAGUUCAAUAUUUCCACUGGUUUGGGUGUCUCCAUUGGUGACGGACACCUGCAUUUUUGCACUGACGCUGUGGCGCACGCGGAAGUAUAUCAGCCGCUCAGGGGCCGCGCCCACGCUUCAUCUCUUUGUAAGAGACGGUGUGCUCUACUUUCUUGUAAUAUUCAUGGCCAACCUCUUGAACACCCUUCUUUUCUUCCUGGCUCCUGAAGGUCUUCGCGCGAUUGGCGCUUCGUUCAGUCAACUAAUUACAGCACUCAUGGUCUCGAGGCUUGUUCUAAACCUUCGGUCGAACCCGUCAUCUGAAGAAGAUGAACAUUCGGUUUCCUACAACGUGCGCUUCGGUGGUACUGGUAAAGAUACGGUCUCGACGAUAUGGGCAAGAACACUCGGCGAUCUCGGUGAAGAUGUAGAGGAUGUAAAUAACUACACGGAAGAGCCACAGAGAGAAGAAUAUCCAAUGAACAGGUUACAGUAG